AUGACCGGAACUGACUUACAGCCUGGUGGAGCUCACCGACUCGAUCUCGGAAGAGACGACGGAACACAUCAGCAGCGGCAUGACAUACCGCUGUUCACUGACCUGGCCUCGAGGAGGUGGGAUCUGGAUGGGUUGGAUCCGCCACAGUCCGUGCGGCACGCCAGUGUCUUCUACAUGAAGCCCGAUGUCGAGCGCAGCGUCGACAAGCCAUACUUUCUCAACAUACCCGUCGACGACUCCUGGAUGCCCAUGGUUAAGCAGACGAAUGUCGUCUACACCCGUAGGCAGAUCGCAGUGACAGAUAUCCGAGGCCACGAGUCCCAUUUCCGUCUGGAUACUCAUGGCUUUCAGCUGGCCCCGCUGAUGACCUCGCUCCCGUACGACGACUUUUCCGCAACAGACGCCAUCGUGAGCCGAUACUACGGAGAGGUGAGGGAGUUCUUGAUGAGAGAGCUCGGGGCGUCGCAGGUGCUUCCCUUCGACUUCCAGGUCCGUCGAAGGGACAGCCGUCUGCCCCCUGGAUCGAGAGGGACUCCUGGUAAAGCACAGCCGUUUACGGCAGUACACGGAGACCAGACAGCAAAUGCUGCCUUCAGACGACUCAAGUACUUCCAUCCCGAAUACGCCAAAAGGUAUGCCACAGCGCGCUUUCAGAUCGUCAAUGUCUGGAAACCACUGCGCGGACCUGUCAUCGACUCCCCCUUGGCGGUGUGCGACUACCGUACCGUCAGUCCCGACCAGGACGCCGUCCCCACUGACAUCGUAUUCCCGGACUAUCUUGGCGAGUCCAUCAACUUCCGGCCCAACCCUGCGCAUAGGUUCUACUAUAUAGACCGGCAACGAUCCGAUGAGGCUUGGAUGAUCAAGUGCUUCGACUCCAGUACGGCUUCCAAUCCCGAGAUCUCACAAUGUACGUAA